AUGGCACAGCUAAAGGGUAAGAAAAACCCUGACCAGGGGGACAAAACAGCCUUUUUCGCAGCGCGACCGGCACCUAACGAAAGCCCAGGCUUAUACGAGGCAGACCAAGAUGGCGGCGGGGAUCACACUCUCCCCCUGCAAACCUCACUGGACCCAGGGAAUAUCCCAGUCACUCAAGAUAUCCUAAGGGCAUGCCUAGAGGAGAUGUCCGACAAGCUGCUGAAAAACAUCCAGUCCUCAGUGACCGCGCUCAGCAAAGACAUCCAGGAGCUCUGCGUGAGAAAGGCCCACAUGGAACACCGCAUUGGCGAAUAUGCAGAGGCCCAUAAUGAUAUGGCGGACCACGUUCAAGCCCUGGAAAAGCAACUUACCUCAGCCCAGCUUAAAAUCUCCGACCUUGAAGACCGUUCACGUCGGCAAAACGUGGCAUCCCAGAAAUGGUAA